UCGGCCUGGCCGCGGUCGGCGGGCAGCCGCGGGGCUGCGGGGGCUUUCUCUGGAUCGGGAACGCCGAGGGCCUCUCCCUUCCGCUUCCCCCGAGCCUGGGAGAGAAGGAACCCGCAGGGGUGACGGCCGGAGCCCCCGUUCUGGGAGCUGUUGCUUUUGGGGGGCGGGCGUGGAGAAGCCCCUUGGUGGGGAGCGCUGCCCCGGCCUCCCGGGCACUGGGCGCCAGCAGAUCCUCCGUCUCCUCCGCCGUGGGUGGCGACCCCCUAAAAGCCCCCCCCCCUCCCAGUUUCCAGACGUCAGCAGCUCCCCUUCUUCCCAAACCACAGGCUUUAGAGCUGCCUGGGUUUGCAUCUGGCAACUCUGGGAGCUUCAAAAGCUCCUCAUUUAUUUAACAUUUACCUAGCGGAGUGAUCGUGAGAUUAGAAAUAAGAGGAACGGGGCCGAAUAUAGGGCUGAUAAAUAGCAGUUGCUCAACAAAUGUUUACUUAUCGAUGUGUGUCUAUCUCCCCACGACAGGUUCUCUGAAGACCUGGUUCUCCCCAGAGAGCAGCUCCAUCCCAGAAGCUCUUCCCUGAGAGUGAGAGGACGUGCCACUCCGGACGAUGCUGGUUGACUGGGGACAGGCCCCUGUCCUGCGGCCACCGCUGGCGAAGGCCGAGGACCCCCCAGUCCCUGGACCGGCCACCUUCCCGCCAGGGGACCUCUCCAGCCCCGAGACCGCCCGCCAGCUGUUCCGGCAUUUUCGUUACCAAGUGACGUCUGGGCCCUACGAGACCCUGAGACAGCUUCGCCAGCUCUGUUUCCAGUGGCUGCGGCCGGAGGUGCACACCAAGGAGCAGAUCCUGGAGCUCCUCAUGCUGGAGCAGUUCCUGACCAUCCUGCCCGGGGAGAUCCAGGCGUGGGUGCGGAGGCAGCGACCUGGCAGUGGAGAGGAGGUGGUGACCCUCGUGGAGAGCCUGAAGGGAGACCCGCGGGGGCUGUGGCAGUGGAUCAGCAUCCAUGUUCUGGGACAGGAGAUCUUAUCGGAGAAGCUGGAGUCUCCAGGCUGUCAAGAGGGGGGUGUGGAGCCCCAUCUUGAGGUGAUGCCCCAGGAGCUGGGACUUGAGAAUUUGCCCUCUGCACCAAGGGAGCAGCUGAGCCACGCCGUGAAAGAGGAAUCCAACACUGAACAUGAAUUAGCUUCAGCUGCUUCCCAACUUCCUGCCCAAGCUGAGGAAAGGCUCGUCAAAGAUCCGGACUUUGGAGCCUCACUUCUCCAAACGGCUUCUCAGGAGCAGUGGAAGCACCUGGAUUCCACUCAAAAGGAGCAGUACUGGGAUCACAUGCUGGAGACCUACGGGAAGAUGGUCUCAGGAGGUAUUUCCAAUUCCAAACCUGACCCAGGUAGUUCGACAGCGUAUGGGGAGGAGCUGGCAGGACUGCAGCCUCAGGCCAGCGAGAAGGUCCCAAGACCCACCUGUGUAGGAGAGAGACAGGAGAAUGACAAAGAGAACCUAAACAUGGAAAAUUACAGGAACCAGGAACCUCCAGGCGCCUGUGGUCAAGCCUCAGGAGAGGCACCUUCCCAGGCCUCCUUGAGCGGCUCCCUCAGUCAGGAAGAGCUGAGGUGCUUUGGAGAAGGAGAGAUGCUCCCUGAGGUGCAGAGCAGCCUUCUGGGUGAGGGGAAAGGGGAGCAGCUCCCUCCUCAGGAAAGGAGUUCGGGGAGAGAGCUGGGUGAGUGUUUGCCUGACCCUCGUCCAGGAGAGCUGUCUGUGCUGUGGCUUGAGGAGAAGAGAGAGAGUUCCCAGAAAGGCCAGCUCAGAGCCCCCAUGGCCCAGAAACUCCCCACCUGCAGGGAGUGUGGGAAAACCUUUUAUAGGAAUUCUCAACUUGUUUUUCACCAAAGAACUCACACUGGAGAGACGUACUUCCAGUGCUCCACCUGCAAAAAAGCCUUUCUGAGGAGCUCGGACUUCGUGAAACACCAGAGAAUCCACACGGGCGAGAAGCCCUGCAAAUGUGAUUACUGUGGGAAAGGCUUCAGCGACUUCUCAGGAUUGCGGCACCACGAGAAGAUCCACACAGGAGAGAAACCCUAUAAGUGUCCCAUCUGUGAGAAAAGUUUUAUUCAGAGAUCAAACUUCAAUAGACAUCAGAGGGUACACACAGGUGAGAAACCUUACAAAUGUUCCCGCUGCGGGAAGAGUUUCAGCUGGAGCUCAAGCCUCGAUAAACAUCAGAGGUCCCACCUGGGAAAGAAGCCCUUUCAGUAGCUAAGCUCCCUUAGCCCGUGUUCCGGUUUGCUAAUGCUGUCAUUAUGCAAAAUACCAGACAUGGAUUGGUUUUUAUAAAGGGGGGUUAUUUGGUUACAGAUUUACCGUCUGAAGUCCAUAAAGUGUCCAAAUGAAGGCAU